CAUCCCUGAGCUUUGGGUCAGCCCUUUCACCCCGAGAUCCGGGGAAAGGAAUGAUGCUUCUCUCCCAACAUCUCGGAGAAGAGAGAGCCAAUGAGUGACUAGGUUUAGUAGUACAUCAGUGACAAGGUUGCGCUCAGGGAUCCGUCCGUUCGCUGUCUUCUAGGGGAAGCGAGGUGCUCAGCAGGCAGUCAAUUCCAGUGCUGUUCCUGGAAAUCGUGGAACAUUGAUUAAGGUACCGGGCGCAGAUGUGCACCGGGCAGGGCUGGACAGCAUUGCGUAGGCGCUGACUGAGGGCUGCCGGCUUGUCGCAGUUGCCAUCGGUCUAUCCCUUUGGAAUUCCUCGGGUCCUUGUUCCAGGCAUCUCCCGAGUUGGAAAUAACAAGCCAUGAUAUCACUGCAAUUUCAUGCUCGUUGGCAACCUGACCCAAUCACUUUACUUUCCGGGCUGUAGGUAUCUGGGGCAAAAACUGCUCGAGUGCCAUGUACUUCUGAAUGGUGCCCAGGGGCCCAUCUCAGAGGUGUGUGCUCAGCUCUGCCAGAUGCCAUGUACCUGUCCUUGGUUACCCCCACGUUGCCCUCCUGGGGCACCUCUGGUCCUGGAUGGUUGUGGCUGCUGCAGGGUGUGUGCUCGAAGGCUGGGAGAGCCCUGUGACCAACUAAAUAUCUGUGACCAGAGCCAGGGACUAGUAUGCAACUACAGUACCACCCUGGGAGAUAGGAGAGGCACCUGUAACUUUCCAGAGGAUGAUGGCAGCUGUGAGGUGAAUGGGAAGAUCUACCAAGAUGGGGAGACCUUUCAGCCAAGUUGCAAGUUCCAAUGUCACUGCUCAGAUGGGGGCUUCACCUGCAUCCCCCUUUGUAGUGAGGAUGUGCGGCUGCCCAGCUGGGAUUGUCCCUACCCUAAACGAGUUGAUGUCCCUGGGAAAUGCUGCCAAGAAUGGGUCUGUGACCAGGGAGUCCAACCCAUCCCAGCAGCAGUGCCCCGGUUCCUGGGACCUCCAGUACCACUGUCCCCUGAAUUUGUCUGCCAGGAAUGGAGCACAUUGUGGGGCCCUUGUUCAGCUACCUGUGGGCUGGGUGUGGCCACCCGGGUGACCAAUCAGAAUCCAUACUGCCGGCUGGAGAUCCAGAGUCGCCUGUGCCUCCUGAGGGCCUGUCCUCCUUUAAGAGUGCCCCACCUCAGUGUUGCCAAUACCCCUUAAGGGGAGGUGUUCCUGUCCAUGCUUGUGGAUAGAAGCUUCUGGGGCAAGAGAGCCUCCAACUUGUCAGAUUUGGAGACUGCCUGCCAACCUCAUCUCCCUCUGAGGCUUCCUUCAGGCUGCUCUGACCUUUUGCUUCAAUAUCUUCCUUUGAAAGAAACUCAUUCUCUCAAAUGGAGGUACUAAUAAGGCUCAUAUCUACCUUCCAGCCUCUAGAACUCAUGAUUAGGUGUUGAGCUUCUCCGAGACACUCCAACCAGCCAAGACUCAGUGCACAUAUGUAGACUUAAGUCAUCUUAGCAGCACAAAAUAUGGGGGAAAAAAUCUUCAAGAUCAUCUAAUUCAAGAUCAUCGAGGAUCCAUGGAAUAGACAUCAAAGGGUCUGUGAAUGUAAAUGGGAAAAAUUACUUAUGUAAUUUCACUAACCUUUAAAAUUUGCCUCUAUUAGGUAUUUUAAAAGAACAUUAUUCAAAGAAAUGGUUUACAGGCUUUAUUAGACUGCCAAAGAUGUCUAUGACAUAAAAAAAGUAAGAACUUCUAGUGCAACCCUUCAUUCUUCAGAAGAAACUGAGACCUAGCAAAGAGCUAUUUAUUUAAUUGAUAGACUGUUCUCUUUUCUUUUACAUUUAUAUUUCACUUUGUUUUUUAUGUUUCUU